AUGAACUCAAUUUUCCUCGCACACCUGUCGGCUGGUUCUCGUACUCUGAGGAACUCUGUCUGGAAGGAUCGGGUGAUCACCACUGUGGAAGAUUAUGAGAUGUUGGCGACCAGCGCUCAAAUUCUGACGUCCAAACCUGAAGAGCUGACGGCUGAAAACGUGACGACAGCCGCUGAGAUCACCAACGUGCUGCUGCUGUCUCCAAACAUCACAGAGAGUGCCAGGACAGCAGCAGUAGCCACAGUCAGUCAGCUGCUCAACGCCAGCGUCCUGGACGACACCGAGGAAAACGCCGCCACUCUGAACCUGACGCAAACUCUGGAUGACCAGUCUCUGAACCUCAGAUCUGACCCGAACACGUUCCAGUCUCAGGUGGUUCAACCCAACCUGGUGGUGCAGUCGGCUCAAGUGAGUGCUGCCGACUCUCAGGGAGUCCAGUUCACCUCGCUCAAAGGAACAUCUGGCAGUUUUGUAUCUGACCGGAUUCAGCUGAACACCAACACGUCGACUGUUGUGAUGGAAAACGGGUUCGUAGCCGACGCCCUGAUCCACGUACAGUUCGCCCCAGAGGCUGCAGACAGAACUCCGGCGCAGUCCCGCGUGUCCCUGGGUUUCGUCCUCUACCAGAACAGCCGGUUCUUCAGAUCGUCGCUCUACAAGCCGCGUCACGCUACCGUCCGGGUUCUGUCGGCCAGCGUCCGAGGGCAGAAGCACAGAGUGGUGCCGCAGCGUGUGGAGAUGAUGUUCAGACCAACGUUGACGAGCGGGACGGCUCUGUACGACUUCGCCUGCGUCUCCUGGAACUACACCCUGAACGACUGGAGCACCGCCGGCUGCUCCAAAGGAAACGCUUCAGAUGGAGCCAUGCGAUGCAUCUGUAACCACACCACCAGCUUCGCCGCCCUCGAAGUGAUCAUAGACAUUUUGAAGUACGCUGAGGAUCUGGGAUUGACUUCAAUCUUUGGACUUUCAGUUUCAAUCCUGGGUUUGGUUGUGACGAUCAUUAAACUCAUCAAAGACAAAGAGUCUCUUCAGAGCAACGAGCAGGUGAAGAUCGCCCUGCUGAGCCUCUGUGCCAGCCUGCUCGGCUUCAUCAUCACCUUCGUCACCGGAGCCGUUCAGUCCGACAAAGCGGACGACGAGCUGCCGGCCCUGAGAGGGCCCAACGCCGUUCCACCCACCGACGAACACGUGGAGCAAGAACGCAUCGAGUGUACCACGGUGGCGUUUCUGCUUCACUUCUCCCUGCUGGCGACGUUCAUGUGGAUCAGCUUGUACGGUCACCUGAUGAUGAAGCUGACGUUUGAAAGCAGACCGUCUGACUACUGGCGUUACCUCAGCUUGGCUCUCGGAUGGGGACUCCCUCUCGUGGUCGGGGGGAUCACAAUGGGCAUCACCUAUACCUCGGCCAAUCCUCAGGGUUACAGACAAGAGGAAUUUUGUUGGCUCGCAGCUCUGGACAAGAACAAACACUUUGACUUUGGGAAACCGAUGUUCUGGGGUAUCAUCCUUCCAGGAACUCUGAUCGUCAUCUACAAUUUUGUCAUUUUGAUUCGCAUCUCUCUGGAGAGGGGCAGGAAACGUCCCAACAAAACCAGCUCCAGUUUUCCUCUGGCAGCGCUGGUGGGUUUGUGUUGUUUCUUUGGAUACAUCGUCCUCAACAGCACAGGACGCAACCACACGGUCUUCAGUGUUUUACUCUGCAUCAGUGGGAUCAUAAUGGGUUUUCUGUUUUUCAUCCUCUUCACGUUCACGACGAAGUCCUUCAGAUCCUCCACCUCCCCGGUCAAGACGCCGCAGGUCAAGACAUCGCAGGUCAACCUCCCACUCUCAAGCAAAAUGAGUUACAAUUUGCGGAGGCCCGUGGAGAAGACCACCUUUAAAGAGAGCUACAAAUCCCUGAGUGAGGACACGAUCGUCACCACACGACUGUAA